AUGAACGCAGAUCUCUCGGAGCGAUUCCAAGGUGGCCGUUCCCCCAACACUCGCCAAGUAUUGACCAGCGCGUUGGACGAUGGUCUCGAUCUUACAUUGAACGUUGACAUCCGGGCAUAUGUUCAGAAACAAGAACAGAUCAAACCGUCUUCUGAUAAAGACGCCUGGCUUUCUCAACCCGAAAUCCCUACAAACAACGAGCUGAGGGUGGCCGAAGCCUCUUUCACUCCCAACAAAAUUGUCGGCCCUUACAAGAGUAAAGACAAAUAUCUCCGGACGCAUUAUACUUUGCUCCGAGAGGACGCCACCGGAUCUUUAAGAGACGCCCUGCACGAUUUCAAAGAGAACCCCGCAACCGCCGAUACGAAGAAAUUCUCGGUAUACGACCAGGUUCACAUCACGGGCUACACCUUCUCAAGAAAAGGCCUUGCAGCGCGCAUCCAAUUCUCGACAAAUCGAGCCGGCAAACGAAUCUCAUGGGAAACCAGCAAACGCCUUGUGUCGGGCAGUCUUGUCGCGCUGGUCAAGGCCAAAGACAAACUCAAUGACCUGAAAGAAUUGGUAGUCGCUGUUGUUGGCGCAAGGCCUCUUGCUGGGGUUCUAUGCCAGCCUCCCGAAAUUGACAUCUAUUUCAAUAGCCCUGAGAACAUUCAAAUCGACCCGCAAGAAGAAUGGCUUAUGAUCGAGGCAAAGCAGGGGUAUUUCGAGGCCUACAGGCACACAUUGAGGAGCUUACAGAAGCUCAGUCAAGAGACAUUCCCCUUGUCCAAUGAAAUAUGCCGACUAUCCUCUGCAGUUGAACCCCCGAAUUAUAUUCAGGAGAGUCCGAUUCUUGAUCUUGGGGCCGCGGUCAAUCCCGACAAAAAGGAAGAGUAUUCUACGGUGGACGUAACAAAACCGUGGCCCCCUGCUCCCAAGGAGACGCUCGAUGCUACGCAGUGGGAAGCUUUACAAGAAAUCAUCACCAAGCGUCUCGCCGUCAUUCAGGGCCCUCCCGGCACUGGCAAGACCUAUGUAAGUAAAAUUGCGGUGGAGAUUCUUCGGGCAAAUCGAAAGGCAAACGACCCACCUAUCAUCAUCGCCGCGCAAACGAAUCACGCUCUCGACCAGCUCCUUGGACACAUUUCUCAAUUCGAGCCCAAUUACAUUCGUCUCGGGGGAAGAAGCACCAACGCCGAAGUCAAAAAACGUGCUCUGUUCGAAUUGCGACAGAAGGAGAGAAUCAAGCAGAUCCCCGGCGGCCUCCUUGGUCGAUCCAUCAGUCUCCGAGUCAAGCAAUCCAAAGCUAUGACCGCUAUUUUGGAGCCAUUGGUCUCGCCUGGUGAUGAUCCUUUCUCUACCGACCGGGUUUCGGGGCCUCAAACACUCCUGCAAUUGGGGGUUUUGAACACCAAGCAGGCCAAAUCUCUCGAAGACGGGGCUUCUCAGUGGGUGUCGACCAGCAAUACCGGGACGGGACCAAUACAACUUUGGCUCGGGCGAGCAAUCUUGCCCUUCGAAGUGAAAUACCGUCACGACAGCUACGGCUUCAAAGAGGUUGAAGAGAACGACCUGGAAUUCGAGCAAUUAAGAGAAAAUGAAGGGUUGAGUGGUGUGAACGACGAAGAAGACAUUGAAAUGCUCAGAGGCCCUUGGAUCGGCCUUGAAGAGAAAUUUACCGUCCAAUCACCCUCGACUGGUGAUCUUGCUAGGGCCUCUAAACUGCUCGAGACCACGUCAGACUUGUGGAGGGUCCCUGAUUAUCUUCGUGGGCCCAUGUUCUCCAUUUUCCAGUCCAGAGCGAAAGCAGCCAUGGCAGAAAGAUUUCGGGAGGCGGCCAAAGCCUACAACAACAUCAUCAAAGACAAUCUGGUGGGCAAAUGGGAACAAGAUGCAAUCUACCUUCAACGAGCGACAAUCAUCGGCAUGACCACCACCGGAUUGAGCAAAUACCGGCCAUUAGUCUCGGCCCUGAAGCCCAAAAUCAUUCUUAUCGAAGAGGCUGCAGAGGUUUUGGAAGCUUCGGUGACGGUCGCUUGUAUGGAAUCUCUAGAACACCUUAUCCUGGUCGGUGAUCACCAACAACUUCAAGGUCACUGCAGCGUUCAGGAACUGGAGGGUGAACCAUUCAACCUAAAUGUUUCCUUGUUCGAAAGACUGGUCCGGAACAACAUGCCUUACAGAACUCUGCUUCUUCAACGUCGAAUGGAGCCAGAAAUCCGCCGACUCCUUACGGAUCUAUACGCUGAUUUAAGGGACCACGUCAGCGUCCUUCGGCGUGAAGUCGGAUCGUGGGGAAUGGGAAACAUCAAAUCCUUCUUCUUUGACCAUCAAUGGUCAGAGUACCAAGAUGAGUUGCUAUCGACAUACAAUGAGGAAGAAGCCAAGUUCAUCGCUGGCUUCUACCGUCAUUUGUACAAGAAUGGAAUUAGCCCUGAGGCCAUUACUGUAUUAACCUUCUACAAUGGUCAACGAAAACAAAUCCUCAGAGAAUUGAAGGCAUAUCCGGACCUCCAAAAUUUCUAUGCCAAGGUCAAAACAGUUGACGGAUAUCAAGGCGAAGAAAACGAUGUUGUCAUUCUCUCUUUGGUUCGAAGCAAUCCCGAUGGGAAAAUCGGGUUUCUGGCCAAUGUCAACAGAGUGUGUGUCGCAUUGAGUCGUGCGAAAUAUGGUUUCUAUUUAUUUGGAAACUCGCGCCUCCUUAUGGCCGGCAGUACUCUCUGGUACAAUGUCAUCACCAAAUUGAGUUCGAACCCCAAACGCCUGGGAACGACUGGCACGGGACAGAGGGCGGCUGUGCGACGCCUUGUGAUACGGCUCUGUCUUGCGGACAUCUGUGUCCUCUUCGGUGCCACCCAUAUUCGCACGAAAGGGUUCAAUGUCCCGAAGAUUGCCAGGAAACUCUGCCCUGCGGUCACGGAUGCAAUCACAAAUGCUCUCGGCCAUGCUUUUGCCCUUGCGAGGAAUUUGCAAAGUUCAAUCACUCUGAAAAUAUGA